AUGGCCUUCACAUUGGAGGAGAGGCAACAACUGGGCAUCCAUGGCUUAUUGCCUCCCUGUGUUCUUAGCCAGGAUGUUCAGCUCCUUCAAGUGCUGAGGAACUAUGAAAUGAGAAAAGAUGAUCUUGAUCGGUACAUUUUUCUCAUGGCCCUUCAAGACCGAAAUGAAAAGCUUUUCUACAAAGUACUGACAUCAGAUAUUGAGAGAUUCAUGCCAAUAAUUUACACACCCACUGUAGGCCUGGCUUGCCAACAAUAUGGACUUGCAUUUCGCAGACCAAGGGGUCUUUUUAUUACUAUCCAUGACCGAGGGCACAUUGCUACACUGUUGAAGUCCUGGCCUGAAAAUAAUAUCCGGGCUAUUGUUGUCACAGACGGGGAACGUAUUCUGGGCCUAGGUGAUCUUGGGAGUUAUGGAAUGGGCAUUCCAGUGGGUAAGCUGGCACUGUAUACGGCGUGUGUUGGAGUGAAUCCCCAGCAAUGUUUACCAGUGAUGUUAGAUGUCGGCACUGAUAAUGAGGAGUUGCUGAAAGAUCCACUGUAUAUUGGAUUAAGACACAAAAGAAUGAGAGGUCGAGCAUAUGAUGAUCUUGUGGAAGAGUUUAUGCAGGCUGUGACCGAGAGGUAUGGUCAAAACUGUCUCAUUCAGUUUGAGGAUUUUGGUAACACUAAUGCAUUUCGGCUUCUGAACAAGUACCGCAACAAAUACUGCACCUUCAAUGAUGAUAUCCAGGGGACAGCGGCAGUAGCAGUGGCAGGCUUGCUUGCAGCUCUGCGUAUCACGAAGAACAAGCUGUCGGAUCACAAAUUCCUGUUUCAAGGCGCCGGUGAGGCUGCGCUGGGAAUCGCAAAUCUUCUCCUGCUGGCCAUGGAGAAAGAAGGUGUAACUCAACAACAGGCUGUAUCGAAAAUCUGGAUGGUUGACUCCAAAGGCCUCAUUGUUCAAGGACGUGCCAACCUGUCUGAACAAAAAUUGCAGUUUGCCCACUCACAUCCCGAAGUGAGGCACCUGGCUGAUAUUGUUCAGGAUCUCAAACCUACCGCUAUUAUAGGAGCUUCUGCAAUUGGGGGUGCAUUUACUGAGCAAAUCAUCAAAGACAUGGCAAGCUUCAAUAAGCAUCCAAUUAUAUUUGCUUUGAGCAAUCCAACCAGCAAAGCAGAGUGCACUGCUGAGCAAUGUUACCGCCUGACUGAGGGCAUGGCAAUAUUUGCAAGCGGAAGUCCAUUUAACCCAGUUACAAUGCCAGAUGGGCGUGUGCUGUAUCCAGGCCAGGGUAACAAUGCCUAUAUUUUCCCUGGAGUGGCACUUGGAGUCAUAGCCUGUGGCAUGAGACAUAUCAGCGAUGUAAUUUUCCUUAUUGCAGCAGAGGCUUUAGCUGAGCAGGUUCUCGAGGAACAUUUGGCUGAAGGACGCUUGUAUCCUCCGCUUAAUACUAUCCAAGCUGUUUCCCUGACCUUAGCAGUGAAGGUUGCUGAAUAUGCUUUCAAAAAUGGAAUGGCAUCCGUGUACCCAGAGCCUGAAGACAAACAGUUUUUGAUCAGCUCCCUCGUUUACAGCACUGAUUAUGAUAAUUUUGUAAUUGAUUCCUAUACCUGGCCAGAAGAAGCAUCAAAGAUUCAAACAGUCAAAAUAUAAAAUCAAUAUUCCUAGCAUUCAGGGUUUAUAGAGAAGUCUAUAAGAUUAAUUUAUAAGGGAAAUGAAUCAGAUUCAAUAUUAAAGUUUGCAGUAUGGUGCAGAUAUUUAAGUUUCAUUUUCUGAUUAUAUAUCUCUUUGACUAAAAAUAUUUCUUCCUGUAAUGAAAAUAAAUCCUUUCUAUUCUGCUUUUCUUGCUGAUGAUAUUAGACUGCAGUUAAGAUAACACAUGUCUAUGUCAUUCAUUAAUGACAUUGUGGCUGACCAAUGCAGGACAUCAAAUAUGACCCACACUAACAUCCUUACCACAACUCUGCUUGCUGCAGGUGAGAUUGGGAGCACGUCAUUCCAUAAGAUCAUAUGAUCUAAUGCUGGUACUUUAAAAUUUGGCCAUUCCAGUUGAUGACAUCACUAAGCAAUGCUGAAAGUGGUAACUCAAAGCAUUUUCAUCACUUUGCAGACAGUGGUGAGUGCUUUUGAAAUGUCUGUAUUGAAAUACUGUUAGAAACCUUGAGUUCAGUGGAUUUGGCAGCGGUGAGCUUGGGUGGCAAAGGUGGCACAAGUAGUUAAAGUUGUGUGGGGAUUCUCUGCACCAACUUUUGACUGGAUUAAAAUUUCAUGUGGUAAGAAUGCCUCCCAGAAUUGGGCAAAGUUUGCCUUUGUAAUCUGUUGUUACCUGGAAACUGAGCAGGGGAGCAGUGGUGACUUAUGAAAGGACCAUAAAUGUCUUUGACGUUUUCUUACAGACCAGAAGGAAUGUAAGUGUCCCUCCAGACUCUGCAAUUAAACAAUUGACCUCCCACUGCCCUGAGUCCAUGCCCUGCCCUGACUCCUGAUCUCCUACCAAGCCCCUCAUUGUCACAUGACUUGUAUCAGGUACCAUUCCCACAGGUCCCUUUGAAGGUAGCUUCCAUGCUCCCUGGUCUAAAUAGCUAAACAGCCCCUUCCAGGAUGCAGUGGUUGAGGAAUUUGUAUCCAGUUUGCAUUUGAGGCUCAACCAUUAAAAUCAUGAGUGUUGCUCAUUGUCUGGUCCCAGAUGGCCUACUCGUCCUCCCCAUUGGCAGCAGAAAUAGAGACUUCUAUUCUUCCUUAAAGAAAACACUUGAAGUAUUUUCCAGUAUUAAUAUAAAGGAAAAUAUUGCUGGGUAUCAGCUAUUGCUGCUAUGCAGAAGACUGACUUAUGCACAAUUCUUUUGCUCUGGGUGAUGGCUAGAAUAGCAUCUUUAAGUGCAAAAUAUGUUGAAGACACCUGCUGUCAACAAUUAUCAGAAAUUAAAGUUGGUUUUUCAACAAAGCAUAAAACUGAUUAUUUGUUCACAAAGGAAGCAAUUUCCUUCAUAUUCAUCUUACCACAAUUUAUUUCAGCAAAAAAAAUCGAUGGAAACUAAGGGACAAAACUGGUUUAAUAUGGAAUAUUUUGUUCUGCAUUAUAUGUGGCAGAUUCACAGGUGCAUUAAAGUGAGCAUGUAUGUCACAGCUGUGGCUUUGAACACUUGGAUCUUCAUUUCUCAAAUUUGAAAAUUAUACAGGUGUUAAGUUGUAAACUUGCAGUUCACAUUAAGUUGAUUCCAUGGGAAAAAUGGUGACUAAAAUUGAGUUUGUGUGCUGCUGUGCCAGUUUUUCCUUUCCUCUUAUUGCAAGGCAAUUGCACGUAACAGCAUAAUAUUAAGAUGUUGGUUGAGAUGGCAGAUACAGCAUAAAAAGUGGAGAUCUAAAAUAAAGUUGAUAUGCGUUGUGAUCA